CCCUGGCGCUCACUUCUUUCAAGUUUCUCCUCUUCUCCCUCCCUCUCUCUCUCGAGCCUCGCGUCUCUCUGGUGAGAGAAUAUUAAUUAAACACACACAAAAACAAAAUAUCAAAUAAAAGAAAAGGGGGGAAAAGAAAACGAAGAGAAGGAUCUCUCACCUUAAGGUCUCGCCAUGACGGUAUUUUACGGCAAGCAGGUGGUUCCGGUGGACUACGAGGCCGAAGUGUCACAACGGCUUUUAGAAGCAUCGCUCGCCGGAGAUCUUAGAUCGGCUCUUGAGUGCAUCGCUGAUGAGUUUGUUGACGUCAACUUUGUAGGCGCUGUUUGGUUAAAAUGUAGAAAAAGUGAGGUGGUUUUGCGUGAUGAAUCGCCUAGUGAAGUUGUUUUCGACUAUGAAGAAUUUAAAACGGAUGUGACAGCUUUGUUUCUCGCUGUUCAUUCUGGAAAUGUUGCUCUCAUUAAGAAAUUGCUGAGUGUUGGUGCGGACGUGAACCAGAAACUCUUCAGGGGCUUCGCGACAACAGCAGCAGUGAGGGAGGGCCGCCUUGAAAUUUUGGAGAUUUUAUUAAAAGCUGGAGCAUCUCAGCCAGCUUGUGAGGAGGCUUUACUAGAGGCAAGCUGUCAUGGGCAGGCAAGGCUAGUGGAACUACUUAUGAGCUCUGAUUUGAUUAGGCCCCAUGUUGCUGUUCAUGCACUUGUCACGGCAUGCUGCAGAGGAUUUGUGGACGUGGUAGACACUCUAGCAAAGUGUGGUGUAGAUGUAAAUACAACUGAUAGAUUGCUGUUGCUGUCAUCAAAGCCUUCUCUGCAUACAAACGUGGACUGUCCUGCACUUGUUGCUGCUGUUGUCAGUAGGCAGGUGGCUGUUGUCCAUACGCUGUUAAAGGUUGGUGCCAGGAUGAAUGUCAAAGUGAGACUAGGAGCGUGGUCAUGGGACACAAAUACUGGGGAAGAGUUUCGAGUGGGUGCAGGACUAGCUGAGCCCUAUGCCAUUACCUGGUUGGCAGUGGAGUACUUUGAAAUUACUGGUGCUAUAUUGUGCAUGCUCCUCCAACAUUUCUCCCCCAACACUGCUCACCAUGGAAGAACACUCCUCCACCAUGCGAUUCUAUGUGGCAAUGCUGGAGCCAUUAAAGUGCUGUUGAGCUGUGGAGCCAAUGUGGAGUCACCUGUCAAAACUCAGAAAACUGAGUUCCGGCCGAUACAUAUGGCUGCCCGUUUAGGCUUAGCAACAGUCCUUCAAUGUCUAACAGACUCGGGUUGUGAUUUAAACUCUAGGACAGAUACUGGUGACACAGCUUUGAUGAUCAGUGCAAAAUACAGGCAAGAAGAAUGUCUGCAAGUAUUGGCCAUGGCUGGAGCUGAUUUUGGCCUAGUUAACGUUGCUGGUCAAACUGUGCAUUCACUCGCUACAAACAUGUGGUCACACAGUUUCCAGCAAGCAGUGCUUGAUGUUAUUAAUUCUGGGAAGGUUCCCAAAUCAAGCAAUUUUGCUGUGUUUUGUCCUCUAAUAUUCGUAGCUCAAACUGGUGAUACAGAGGCCUUAAAGGUGCUGAUUGACUUGGGAGAGAUCAAUCUUGAUUAUCAGGAUGAUAAUGGUUUCUCAGCAGUUAUGUUUGCUGCUAUAAAGGGUCAUGUUGAAGCAUUCCGGUUGCUGGUUUAUGCUGGGGCUGAUGUAAAGCUAUUUAAUAAAGCUGGUGAAACUGCAAUCACCUUAUCUAAACUGAAUCAACAUCACGAUCUAUUUGAGAAAGUGAUGCUUGAAUUCGCAAUUCAAAAAGGCAAUCGCAAUGCAGGAGGGUUCUACGCAUUACAUUGUGCGGCUCGUCAUGGAGACAUGGAUGCAGUCAAAUUAUUGUCAAGCAGAGGUUAUGAUGUGAAUCUCCCUGAUGCGGAUGGUUAUACUCCUCUCAUGUUAGCAGCAAAGGAAGGCCGUGGGUCUACAUGCAAACUCUUGAUUUCAUGUGGGGCAAAUUGCGAAUUUAAGAAUCCUAGUGGUGAAACAGCACUUUCUCUUGCAAGAAAGAAGUAUGGUGGCAGGAAAAAUGAUGCAGAACAUGUGAUACUAGAUGAGCUUGCUCGCAAACUGGUUUUAGGAGGUUCCUAUGUACAGAAGCACACAAAGAGGGGGAAAGGAGCACCACAUAGAAAAGAGAUAGUAAUGGUUGGAGAUCGAGGAGUGCUUCGAUGGGGGAAGUCCAGACGCAGGAAUGUCAUUUGCCGGGAGGCAGAGGUAGGAGCAAGCCCAUCCUUUGAGAGGAAUAGACGGAAUAGGGGUGAUGCAGAUAUACCUGGAAUUUUCCGGGUAUUGACUACCAAGAACAAAGAAUUGCAUUUUGUAUGCAAUGGUGGGUCUGAAAUGGCUGAGCUCUGGGUCAGAGGAAUAAAACUUGUGACUAGGGAAGCUAUUUGCGUGUAAACAGAGACCAGAGACAUGAAUUACGAUGUCUUGUCUAGGUAGGAGGUAUAUAUAGAUGUUUAGAAGAGUACUUCAUCUUGAAGUCGUUUGAACUAGUAACAUUUUGUUGUAAAGAUUUUGAUCUCUAGUAGCUGUAAAUGCUCUUCAUCCAAAGUCAAUUCAGUAGCUUUUGAUCAUUGUAUAGUUA